UGCGGUUGCAGCUCUCCAUCACUCAACGCCGACGACCGCUUCGCAAUCCGCAAUCCCGCUCUCGCCCCCCCAUCGCCUUCGAGUUCGGCACCUGGUGUGCCUUAUAGAUAAAAUCUUCCCUAUUUCUUUUCCGAAACGACAAAGACUUGCUCGACACGAUGGGCGACCCGCGGGAAUCAUCAUCGUACCGGGUGGUUCCGAGAAUCCGCUACAACACCGUUGGCGGUGUCAAUGGUCCUCUGGUUAUUCUCGAUAACGUUAAAAAUCCGAGCUACAAUGAAAUUGUGACCCUCACCCUUCCCGACGGAACCCAGCGGUCCGGCCAGGUCUUGGAGACUCGAGGAAGCAGGGCCGUCGUUCAGGUUUUCGAGGGCACCUCGGGCGUCGACGUGAAGAAGACUCGCGUCGAAUUCACAGGGGAGAGUCUGAAGCUUGGUGUCUCAGAAGACAUGCUGGGCCGCAUCUUCGAUGGCUCGGGUCGUGCGAUCGACAAGGGGCCCAAGGUGCUGGCCGAGGAGUUCCUGGACAUCAACGGCAGCCCCAUCAACCCCUAUUCGAGAGUCUACCCUGAAGAAAUGAUUUCGACGGGCAUUUCGGCCAUUGACACCAUGAACUCUAUUGCGCGCGGUCAGAAGAUUCCCAUCUUCUCCGCCGCCGGUCUGCCGCACAACGAAAUCGCUGCCCAGAUUUGCCGGCAGGCUGGGUUGGUGCAGCGUGAAGGUGUGACCAACAAGGGCGUUCACGACGGUCACGAGGAUAACUUCUCAAUCGUCUUCGCCGCCAUGGGUGUUAACCUUGAGACCGCCCGCUUCUUCACGCGCGAUUUCGAAGAGAACGGCAGCCUGGAGCGCACCACGCUGUUCCUCAACCUCGCCAACGACCCGACGAUUGAGCGUAUCAUCACACCCCGCCUCGCCCUCACAACUGCCGAGUACUAUGCCUAUCAGCUCGAGAAGCACGUCUUGGUCAUUCUUACCGAUCUCUCGUCCUAUUGCGACGCUCUGCGUGAGGUGUCGUCGGCCCGCGAAGAAGUUCCCGGUCGCCGUGGUUUCCCCGGUUACAUGUACACGGACUUGUCCACCAUCUACGAGCGCGCCGGCCGUGUGGAAGGCCGCAACGGUUCGAUUACUCAGAUCCCCAUUCUCACCAUGCCCAACGACGAUAUCACACACCCGAUUCCCGACUUGACAGGCUAUAUCACCGAGGGCCAGAUUUUUGUCGACCGUGGCCUACACAACCGUGGUAUCUACCCCCCCAUCAACGUGCUCCCGUCGCUCUCCCGUCUCAUGAAGUCGGCCAUCGGCGAGGGCAUGACGCGCAAGGACCACGGCGACGUGUCGAAUCAGCUGUAUGCCAAGUACGCUAUUGGCCGUGAUGCAGCGGCCAUGAAGGCGGUUGUCGGUGAGGAGGCUCUGUCGGCCGAAGAUAAGCUGUCGCUUGAGUUCCUCGACAAGUUUGAGCGCACCUUCAUCAGCCAGGGUCCGUACGAGUCUCGAACCAUUUACGAGUCGCUAGACCUGGCCUGGAGCCUGCUGCGCAUCUACCGCAAGGACAUGCUCAACCGCAUUCCCGCCAAGAUCCUCAACGAGUUUUACCACAGGUCGUCGGCGGACCGGAAGGGCAAGGCCAAGGCACCGACCAAGGACACGAGGGACACGGCGGCGCCCGAAGAGCCCAACCUGAUCGAUGCAUGAGCUCGGGCAGGCAGGCGCUGGAAGUCGGGCAAGAAAUGCAUCUCUAAUACGUGCGGGCUCAUGUUGUACCGAAAUAUUUUUGCAUGUAAACGAUAGGCAUGUCAGGGGAUCGUCGUUUGCGGCACCGAAGAUUGGAAUUUAUCAACAGUAUAUCUGAUUCUCGGUACCUGAAAACGAACCUAGUACACCAGCCAUCCUGUUUGUAUCGGAGAUGUCUGCAUCCGCCAUUGGAGCGCGUACUGUGGACAUCCAAGUCCCCCGUACCUUCGUACGGAAUACGUCACUUCGGCUCGCCUGUGGCGUUGCAACCUCGUAGUCUUCCCUUGUGAUCUGGUCCUACCCGUUCGCCUAUCAUUCGAGUGUAUAUUGCCUCUGGGCUCUGUCAAGCUUGCGCGUCGUCACU